AUGGCGGACGAAACAAGCACACAAGCGAGUUCCUCUUUGCCGCAAGGCUUGGAGGCUCGUAUUGUUACUUCAGAAGACAAGGUUGCCAAAAAAAAGCGAUAUUACGCGGAGAGGGACGCGAGCAAGAUUUAUUUGUUCGAUCAGCACGUGAGAUGGCGAGAGUUGAUGAACGAGUUAGCGCUUAAAUCUGACAAGGAGCUAGCAGCAGUAUUGCUAGACAAUUACAUGUCUCGCAAAAAUCAGCAUUUCAGGUAAAAGACUCAACUAGCAAUAUGAUUUAAUGUUAGUAUAUGUUUCAAAAGUGCUGCGGGUUUUAUUUUUUUGUUGUAUUGGUUGAUAUUCAUACAUUUGUCUUCUUAAAAACAGUGAAGUUGAAACUCAAACGGAAGGUGAGCUGGGAGAGUUGCCAAACAUCGAAGAGCCUCAACAGGUCUUCACAACGACGCCAAGACAUAUUCAUUCGCCAGGUGAGUUACAGAUUAAACAGGAAUAAAAAUAAUAUAAUGCAACAACAUGUAACUCUACAGACUUUCGUUUUUUUCCCGUUUAAAUAAAGCUGCGACUUCGACUCGGAGUUUGGAAAGAGCUGCACAUGGUUUCUCGACACCUAAGCGCCGUCGUUUGUCAAUAGACAAUGUUCCCCUCCCUUCACCAGCAAUGUAAGUUCUUAAAUGAAACAAUUUUAAUUUCUUAUUAUGUAUUCAAUAUUAUAAUAUUUAAUAUUGCAACUAUUAAAAGUGUAUAUUCAAAGAAGUACCAAGAAGACUUUAUAUUGAUGUAAAUGUUAGAGUUGUUUAUAAUUUUCUUGUUUCCUGUAACCUUUCUUACAGGCAUCACAGGAAGCUAAGAAAAUGGUUUAUUGUAACUCAGGGAGUCAUAGUGCCCAAUAGUUAUAAUAAAUCAGCACCUUGGUCUCUGUGAAUUUAUGAGAUUAGGGCAUAUUUUUGUUUAUAAUAAAGUGUGUUUACAAUUAAUGGUAAGCCCUGGGCAUGCUCUGCAAGGUAUUUAUAAUUAGCCUUUUCCCAAAAAAAGAUCACAGUGCAUUCUGGAAUUGUUUGGAGGGAUAAAAAUAUAUGGUGACAGGCGUGAUUGAGUGGGUUACAUUAAGCAUUAUUUUUUCCUAAUUUUAAAGGUCUCGAAUAAGCAAUGUAUCGUCAAUAUUGGAGAGGACCAUGACUGCAAGUGAGAGCGAAGACAGUGACGAUUCAGAAGACAUGGAGGAGCUUAACCCACUAAAUAGCUCAUUGUAAGUUCAGACCUUAAAAGAUAUAAAAACAAUUCAAAAGAACGGCUCACAAGUUUUAGGUUUGUGUACAGUAUUUGUCAUGUGAAAUGACUCAACAUGCCAAGUUUAAACCUAUAUACUUUCAUUUAGCUUUUAUACCAUAUUUUGUACUGUAUCAAUCGUCUGUGCUGAAAUGUUAUACUUUCUACAACAAGUAAUAUAAGUAUCGUUCUAAGGAAUUUUUACAAUUGGCAUAUAAUUUGUACUUAGAAUGUAACUGUUCCUUUGUUUGUCAUUUUAUUAUUGUCAUUUUUUAGGCUCCAAGUUGAUGACCUUGAGAAAACGUCCCUUGAAAGUGAGGUGUAUGAUCUGGAUGUCGAAGGGCAGGAUGAUAUCGGAGAAGACAUAUCAGAGCAAGUGUCUAGCUCCACUAACAACGAAGAUACCGAAGUGGAAAUCAUACAACCUGCAGAUAUUGCCAAGAAUGAGUACUGUAUUGUAGCAGCAACAAAAUUGAUACGUUUACUCUACAGAGUUCAUGGCGAAAUAUGUAAGCGACCUGGAUGUGACGAACUACUUGAAUUCCAAGAAACAUAUCGUGGCACAUGUCUUGUGGUUACCUGGAAGUGUCAUGCAGGGCAUUUUGGUGGAAGGUGGGCCUCUCAACCGACUUGUGCUGGUCUUCGGGCAGGGAAUUUGUUGUUGGCGGCAGCAAUUGCUCUUUCUGGUAAUUCAUACACCAAAAUUGGCUUCCUCUUCAAGGUCAUGAAUAUGACAUACAUAUCCAAGAUGUUGUAUAAUCAAUAUCAGAGCUUAUACAUCGCUCCCACUGUUGAGGAAUAUUGGAAAGAAAUGAAAGACGAAGCAUGGAAAGAAAGGGAAGGGAAAGAAAUUAUUCUCAGUUCUGAUUGGCGCAAUGACUCUCCUGGUCAUUGUACACAAUACCUAACAUAUUCUUUUGCAGAUAUGGAGUCAAAAACCAUAUUAAAUUUGAAUAUUGUGGAAGUUAGAGAAGUCGAGGGGAGAAAAAGCACGAAUAUGGAAAGAGUCGGUUUUGAGAGAGGGCUUGACGAGUUGCUGACUUCAACCAUGAAAAUAGAGGAACUUGUCACAGAUGGUCAUCUGGGAAUCAGUGCAAUGAUGAGUAUGUUACAAUUGAAAUAUUAAUUAAGAAAUAAUUAUGAUUAGAAUGUAUGGUUGAUCACAAAUCUUGUAUCCAUUGUUUUAUGUUUUAGAGCCAAAACAGCCAUUAUGUUGAGACAAAUGUAUCAAUGUGUUUGUAAUAAUCAUGCAAGCUUAUAAAAGACAAAAUACACUUCUUGAUGCUUCAACGACCAUAUUUGGGUUUUUUAUCAGCUUAUGUGAUCAUUGACAUUACAUACAAAAGUAUAUAUAUGUCAUGCUAAUUAAGGCAUUUGACCAGUCACCAGUAUAUUCAACUGUUGAUUAACCCAUUAAGUGCCAGUUUUCUCCCCUUGAGAAGUGAAAUUAUCUGGCAUUAGACAGAGGAAAAUAAUAAAGUAGGGCGCAUCAGGUUGGAAUGCGACUUAAUGGGUUAAUUAAUUAGUUAAAUAUUAUAAAUUGACGUGUUUGACUUAUAAUAUUAACCCAUUUACUGAUAACUAGUACCCUACCAUUGAUCAUUGAUGAGUAUAGAAUACCAAAGAAAUGAACAAUCUCAGCUUAUUGCCAGUUCAUAAUGGGUUCUACAAAUUGUGGUUACCAUUUAGACCAUUACUAACUCUGAAUGUGAUGUGAUAUUCCAAUUUAUUAUCUUCAAAUAUUAUAUUGAUUGUAUAAUUAUUUAGAGAAUUCAGUUAAAUAUAAAGAUAUUGUUCACCAAUGGGAUGUUUGGCAUGGUGGUAAGAACCUUGGAAAGAAAGUUAUUGCAGUAAGUACUGUAGCCACUAAGAUACUUGAUUUGUUUGAACUGGACAAAUGGUUUUGAUAAUAUUCACUUGUAGCUUAAUACACAGAAUGAUACCGGUGCUAAAUUGUUCAAUUAAAAUUCUGAUGCAAUGAUGUUUCAAUUGCUAUAUAAAGGUGUUAUUUGUGGUUUCAUUAAUUCUGUACCAGGAUAAAUUUCAAUGAAUGAUCUCAUCAAACCAGUGCCAUAGCCAGAAUGAUAAUUGGGGGGGGGGGGACAUAUUCAUAUAUUUGUGUUCACAUACCAUAAAAACAAUAGAUUUCAAAGGAAAUUAAUAAAGCAGAACACAAAUAUAUGAAUAUGUGCCCCCCCCCCAAUUAUCGUUGUGGCUACGGCACUGCAUCAAACUAUUGUUAAUACACUAUAUAUGACACUGAUUUCUAUCUUUGAUGUUCUGUAUAUAGGCUAGCAAAGAAAAAGGAAAUGACGAACUUGUACCAUGGGUUAGUUCAGUACGCAACCAUUUUUGGUAUUGUAGUCGGGAGUGUGGUCGCAACACAGAGGACUUCAAAGUAAGCUUUAAUUUUUUGUUCAUAUUUCAUAGUUAAAGGGAACUCAAGAAAGUAAUCAUAAUAAGCUAGUCAUUAUGUCAGUCAUAAUAGUGAUUAUCCUAAUUUGUGAUUACUGCACAUGCAAUUGUCAUCAUUUUAUAAUGAACUCAAUGUCUGACGCCUUAAUGAAAAACAGUUGCGCUGUCAUUCAGCAAAGUCAAAUGUUCUGAAUCGUACAUUGAACAAUUUAUAUUGUCAAUGUGCAGUAAUCAGUUAAUUAAAAUAUUUUUUUUGGUUGAAUAGCACUUAUGGGCUGGCAUUCUACAUCACGUUGUAAAUGAGCACACAUGGGUACUUAGUGACGGCAAAGGUGAAGGAAAAUGUGGCCAUGGUGUUCUCACAGAAGAAGAGAGGCAAAAGCCAUGGCUUACCAAGAACUCUUCUCCUCAGAAUUCUCUGCGCCAGAUUGUGUUGAAGAAGCGUUUCUUGAACACAUUUCCAUAUUAUACUCGUUUUAGGUGAGUUUUAAGAUGCAACCAUGCAUUAGCAUGAAGCAGGAGACAUAAAUAAUCUCAAUUACCCUGGUGUUAUGCAAACUUGAUCAAAUGUUUAUAAAUAAGCGCCUUGUCACUAAAUGAGUUAUCGAAUGUACCUUUAUAAUUUUUGUUCGUACAUUUCAAUGAUAGCCAAGUUUUUAUCAUUUCACUGUCUAGUGUAAUUACUGCAAUAUAUCCAUCAAUGACUGAGGAAUCUCUUUUGACUAAUUUAAAAGGCCUAAUGACACAAGUGUUUUUUUUUUCCUUUGUAGGCAUACUGGUUUUUUGGAAUCAUUCCACAAUCAUCUGCUGAUGUACUGUCCUAAGCGCCACUCCUACUCGUAAGUACUGUUGACAGUUGUUGUUGUGAAAGCCCAGUAUGUUGAAUUGAAUUAGUACUGAAAUGCUGUAUACACUGUAUGUUGUAUCAGUAAAUACAGUAAACUUUUGAUGAAUCAUGGAAUACGAAUUUCCUUUCAGAUUUGUUGGGUACAAACUGAGGAAUCUGCUUGCUGCAAUUGAUUUCAACAAGCACAGAGUACGAAAGCCAGCUACUAAUGUUCUUGGUGAGCAAAGGUACAGUACGUUCAGCAUUAUUUUUAUACAUGUAUCAUACCAAUUAUGAUAAAAAAUUGUAUCUCACAUUCUCACAAUAAACUUUUUUUACAGCAUGAGAUUACAUUAUUCGAAAAGAACAAAGGUAUGGCAACCUGUGAAUGUUUUGGAGCCCAAGGAAUAUGCGUACAUUCCUGAGUUGUUAAUUAAUGUUUUCCGAAAGAGAGUUGAUGUUCAAGGACCUGUUACACAACGAUUGGUCAGGUCAGCAGAUGAUCCACGGAACAUAGCCCCAAAUAUCGCGUCAGUACCACGACCAACCCUACAGGAAGCAUUGCAAAGUCAGCAGUCUCGUUUUUAA